CGCCGUUAAGGAGCAAGAAGAGGCUUAUAAAACUGCUGGAAAUUAUUAGGCUUUUCCCGAGAUCCUUCUUUCUUCAUGCUGGCGAGUGUGCUUUCUUCUGCGAAAAUCAAUGGCGGUUGCGGCGCUUGUUUGUGAUUUCAAGCUCACUUUGGCUUUGGAUCUGAAUCUCUCUCUUUAAACAUUUAUGCGUCUGAAAUUCUGGUUUCUUUUCUCUGACGCAUGAAGGUGGUGAAGUUUUUCGCUGCAAAUACAUGGUGAUCGAGCUGGUGAGUGCUUGUUCUCAUUGUUUCAGGUGUGGAUUUUGAUGUAAAGUGAUUGAGAACAAAAUGCAGUGAAAAAAUGCCUUUUCUUCCGAUAUCAAUCGAAACUUGAGAAAAAUGGAGGAAGAUUGUUGUGUUUCUUUUUGAAGAGCUUCUCAUGAUGUUAAAUCAGUAGAAAGAAGUGGAAGCGAUCUAAGUUUCAGAGAUUAAUGGUGUUUCACGGGAACGAGAUGAGCAAUAUUUGAUCUGUCGAUUUACAUUGAGAGCUUUGAUUCGUGGAUACUGCAAAUCCAUGGCGAUUGGGCAUUAAAUUUGGACAUUUUUCACCAUUUUUUGGUUUCUACUGUUUUAUCUGAUAAUUUAGUGGCCGCCUGCAAUUUUUAUUGGAAAAGGAGGCGACAGCUACGACAAAAACAACUGGUACUGGAUUUGGACAGUUAUUAAUGGCGUCUUCUCUUUUAUCAAUCAAUUUCGCUCUCUUUGAUUUAUCUGUGAAACUCGUCUUCUUUUGCUCUGAUUAUUGCUGACUUCGAAUCUUAUUUUCCUGCAAAAGGAAAAGGACAAAAGUAAAAGCAGAAAUACUCGUGAAAGUCCAUCAGUUCGUCCUGGGAAAUUGAAUGCCUCGUAGAAAAUUCUCAGUGUUCAAGGUUUUACUCUAGAGAGGGACUCUUUCCUUUAUCUGAAGACUCUAAUGGUGAGAUGCAAGAGCAAAUGAUAAUGGUUUGAAAAAUAAACAGGGCAAUUAUGAGACACAUAUUCUUCAUCAAGUGAGAGAAAGAAAAACUAGAAAAUGGCCUUUGCGAUUACUGUAACUCAUGGCUUGAUUUUACUAUGCGAAAUUCUUCUGCUUUUGGCCUCUCUUUCUCUGACAGAAGAAGUUCCCUGCAAUUCCUCAGAUUAUAAGCUGGUCCAAAUAGCCUUCAGUUCAGUUACUGGCUUUGAUCUUGAGUUCUUAGGAAGCAAUUUCACUGUUAAUUGCAGCGAUCGAAUUCGAGAAAUUAAGCUGCCGUCGAAGAAUCUCAGAGGAAGUGUUUCAUGGAUGCAACUAAAGAACCUCACGGAGUUGAAGACACUAGACCUCUCCAACAAUUCACUUCAGGGUUCAAUUCCAGGUAGCUUCUGGUUAAUGCCUAGUGUUACUCAUCUUGAUCUCUCUGCAAAUGACUUUGGUGGUAUGGUGGGCUCUCUCAGUAAAUCUCAAAUCCCUCACUUACCUCUUCAACUCCUAAAUCUCUCUGCAAAUAGGUUCACAAACUCCUUUAAUCUCUCUAGUUUCAAAGAUCUUAGAGUCUUGGACCUUUCCAAUAACAAAAUUUCUGAAAGUGAUGUUCUCUCUCAGAUCUCUGGUCUUAGCAACCUGAUCAAGCUCUCUCUUGCUGGAAACAAUUUACAGUCAUUGCCUUCUUCAGUUAGGGCACUUUCAGGAAUCCAAUAUAUGGAUCUAUCAAACUGCAAUAUUUCAGGCUCCAUUAAACCACUUUCUAGCCUCGGUUCUCUAACCCAUCUUGACAUCUCCCAUAACUCCAUGAGUGGCUCCUUCAUAUCUGAUUUUCCUUGCAUUUCCAACCUCAAAUUCUUGAACGUCUCUGUAAACAAUUUCAGUGGUCCAAUACGUUCUGAUAUUUUCAAACGAUUUGGCGUAUCAGCCUUUAUUCAAUCUGGGAUUUGUAGUUCAGAGUUCAAUUCCACCUGUUUGCCUAACCCCCACAAAAACCAAACCCACCCAAAACCUUCAACAAAAGCCAAACCGACCACCAAUUCCAGAGCGAAAACCAAACAUAAAAGCCGAAAAGGAACCAAUAUCGCCAUUAUCGCUUCUCUAUCCUCGGCCUCAUUCAUUCUAGCUCUGGUUAUUGCUGUCACCUGCCUUUACAGAAGAAGAAGAAACGCCACCAUCAGCAAAAAGUGGGCUAUCCCGAAACCCCCAUUUACAGUGAAGAUUGAAAAAUCAGGGCCAUUCUCGUUCGAAACAGAUAGUGGAACUUGGGUUGCUGAUAUAAAGGAGCCAUCCUCAGUUGCAGUGGUGAUGUUUGAGAAGCCAUUGAUUAGCUUGACCUUCUCUGAUCUCAUCGCUGCAACAGGCCAUUUCAGUAAGGAAUCGCAGCUUGCUGAGGCGGCCAGGAGUGGGCCUCUUUACAGAGUGGUUUUGCCUGGAGAUAUGCACGUCGCCAUUAAAGUCCUGGAGAAUGCGAGAGAGAUGGAUAAUGUAGAGGCGGUGGCAAAAUUGGAGGAAUUGGGGCGCCUCAAACACCCUAAUGUCAUGCCUCUCUUGGGCUACUGCAUUGCAGGCAAAGAGAAACUAGUCCUUUACGAGUUCAUGGCCAAUGGAAACCUCCACCAAUGGCUUCAUGAGCUCCCUAGUGGUGACCCCAAUGUCGAGGACUGGAGCAUGGACACGUGGGAGCAACAGCAGCAAAUCAACUCUUCGAAUUUCCUCCCCUCCAACCCUGAAAAAAUGGGCUGGCUCACCCGUCACCGCAUCGCCGUGGGCAUAGCCCGAGGCCUUGCCUUCCUCCACCAUGCAGGCUCUCGACCCACACCUCAUGGUCGGGUUGAGCCCACAACAAUCCUUCUCGAUGAGUCCUUCGAGCCUAGGCUUGCUGGCUGUGGGCUUGGUUCACUUGGAUCUCAGGCCACUGAGUCAUCGGUUGAGGCUGAUGUGUAUGCAUUUGGGGUUGUUUUGCUUGAGCUGGUUACUGGGAUGAUGGGGUCUGAGGAGAUAGUGGCUUGGGUGAGGGGGCUGGUGAGAGCAAAGCAGGUGAUGAAGUUGAUCGAUGAGAGGCUGAAGAGGGUGGGGCCAGUGGGGGAGAUGGUGGAGUGUGUGUGGGUUGGGUAUUUGUGUACUGCUGAGGUGCCGGAGAUGCGGCCCACCAUGCAACAGGUGCUCGGCCUCCUAAAAGACAUACGCCUCGCUUCAUGAAGAUCAUCUAUAAGAGCUGUAAAGCUUCUGUUGGCACGGUUAAAAACACAGCUGAGCAUCCUUUUGCAGGUCUAGUUGUUACUUCCUUUUGAAAUUGUACAUUGAUGCGGGCGGCAUACACAGUACCUCGUAUGUAAAAUCAACUGUCCAUUUUGAAUGAAAGCUAAUCGAGACGUACCAUUCC